AUGACGUCGUCGGCGGCGGUGAGCGACCCUCUGUCGGACCUAUGGGACCACAUGAUGUCGCCGAACAGGACGCACCUCUUCUGCUUCUACCCGAGCAAGAUCACCAUGAGCGGCAUCUGGACCGGCGACAACCCUCUCGACUUCUCCCUCCCGCUCAUCCUCUUCCAGAUGCUCCUCAUCACCUUCACCACCCGCGCCGCCACCUUCCUCAUCUCCCCGCUCGGCCUCCCCCGCUACAUCUCAGAGAUACUCGGCGGCUUCGUGCUGGGGCCUUCCGUGCUGGGCCGGCUCCCGCACUUCACCGACAUCGUCUUCCCCACGCGCAGCAUCUUCGUCCUCGACUCCAUGGCGCUCCUAGGCCUCAUCUACUACACCUUCACCAUCGGCGUCGAGAUCGAGCUCCCCACUAUCACCCGCGCCGGCCACCGCAGCUUCUGGUUCGCCGGCGCGUCCGCGCUCCCACCCUUCCUCAUCGGCGUCACGGUCGGCUACAUGGCCCUAAGCACCGACGACACCCGCAAGCAGAAGGACAGCGUCCUCAACGCCCUCUCCUUCCCCAUCUUUCUCGGCGCCUCCUUCUCCUCCACCGCGUUCUCCGUGCUCGCCCGCAACAUAGCCGAGCUCAAGCUCGCCGGCACCGACGUCGGACAGCUCACCCUCUCCGCCUCCCUCAUCAACGACACGCUCGCGUGGUCAGGGCUCACCGUCGCCACCGCUCUCUCGGACGCGCGCAGCGGUGGCGUGCUUCCGUCCGUGUGGACGCUCGCGUCGGGCGUAUUCAUCUUCGCCGCGGGCUUCCUCGUCGUUCGUCCGGCCCUCGUGCGGCUGGCGAAGCGGGCCUCCGAGGGGGAGGCGGUCGGCGAGAUGCGCGAGUGCGCGGUGCUUGUCGGCGUCAUGGUGGCGGCGCUCGUGGCGGACGCCGGGGGUACGCACGCCAUCUUCGGCGCCUUCGUCUUCGGGCUCGCCGUGCCCAACGGGCCCGUCGGCGUGGAGCUGGUGGAGAAGGUGGAGGACUUCGUGGUGGGGAAUCUGCUCCCCCUAUUCUUCGCCAUGUCCGGCCUCCGCACGGACACCGCCAAGGUCACCAGCAUGAACGCUGCGGUGUUGCUGAUGAUCGCCGCAAUUGCUGCGGCGGUGCUGAAGGUGGCAGCCGCCGUGGGCGUGGCUGCGGGGUUCGGCAUGCCGCUGCACGACGGCACGUCCAUCGGGCUCCUGCUCAACACCAAGGGGGUCAUUGAGCUCGUCAUCCUCAACAUUGCAAGGAACAAAAAGAUCAUGAGCGACCAGUCGUUCACGGUGCUGGUGUUCAUGUCGGCGUUGAUCACGGCGCUGGUGAGCCCGCUUCUGGCCAUGGUUGUCAAGCCCGCGCGCCGGCUCGUCUUCUACAAGCGCCGCACCGUGGCGUGGGCGCAGCCGGACGCCGAGCUCCGGGUGCUGGCCUGCGUGCACGUGCCCCGCGACGCUCCCGCUUCCAUCACGCUCAUCGACAUCAUGUCGUCCUCCAGUCGCUCGCCCGUUGCCGUCCACGCCCUGCACCUCAUCGAGUUCGCCGGCCGCUCCUCGGCGCUCCUCCUCAUCAACGCCUCUGCCCCAGCGUCCUCCUCCUCGGAGAUCUCGGCCCACGGCCGGAGCCACGUGGAGAUGCAGUUCAAGCACAUCGCGCACGCUUUCAAGGCCUACGAGGAGAACCAUGUCGUGGGCGGCGUGUCGGUGCGCACCAUGGCCGCCGUGUCGCGGUACGAGUCCAUGCACGAGGACGUGACCGCCGCCGCCGAGGACCAGCACUCGGCGCUCAUCGUGCUCCCGUUCCACAAGCACCGGACGGUGGACGGCGGCAUGGAGGUGUCCCACCCGGCGAUCCAGGAGCUGAACGUCAGCGUGCAGUCCUGCUCGCCGUGCACCGUGGGCAUCCUCGUCGACCGCGGCCUCGGCAUGCCAGCAGGUGGAUCCGGCGGCGUGUACCGCGUUGCGGCGCUCUUCUUCGGCGGGCGCGACGACCGGGAGGUGGUGGCGCUGGCCACCCGCAUGGCGCGCAACCCGGCCGUGGACCUCACCGUGCUCCGCUUCGUGCAGAAGGGCAGGGCCGGCAGCUACACGGCGAGCGAGUUCGACGCGCUCAAGGAGCGCAAGGCCGACGACGGGUGCUUCCGGGAGUUCCUGGACCGGGCCAACGCCGCCGGCGGCGGGGGCGUGGAGUACUGUGAGCGCGGGGUGUUCAACGCGAACGAGAUGGUGGCGGAGAUACGGAACGUGGAGGAGGCCGGGAAGGACCUGUUCGUGGUGGGAAAGACUCCGGGGGGAUCAGGGCUGACGGCGGGGAUGGCGGACUGGAGCGAGUGCCCGGAGCUGGGACCCAUUGGGGACCUGCUGGCGUCCAGGGACUUCCAGACCACGGCAUCGGUGCUGGUGGUGCAGUCCUACGGGAGGGCGGCGGCGGCGCCGGCCGCGGGGUCGAUGGCUUCGUCGGAGUUCAACGUCGGCGAGGCCGUGGUGGUGCAGCCGGAGGCCGCCAUGCGGCAAGGGCAACCACCAAGGCGGCCACGCCAACAGGCUGAACUUACCAUCGGAUGA